AGCCUCGUGGGCCUCCGUACGCGCCUUCCCAAGCGCCGGGCAGCGGGCGCAUGCGCGGGGGCGGAGGCCACGCCCCGCGUCCGGAGCGCUGUGACUGGCACAGUUCCUUCCCGAGCUCAUUGGUCCCCGGCGCUGACAAGAGUACGCUGGCGCCCGCUCUCCCCGUGGGUCUCCGGCCCGUCACCCUUAGUGUAAUUGUUACAGGUGAAGCAUAUGCCUCAAAGUGAUGAGGAGGUUUUUGCUGCUCUAUGCUACGCAGCAGGGACAAGCAAAGGCCAUAGCAGAGGAGAUCUGUGAAAAAGCAUUUGUGCAUGGAUUUUCUGCAGAUCUUCACUGUAUCAGUGAGUCAGAUAAGUACGAUCUGAAAACCGAAACGGCGCCUCUCGUCGUCGUCGUUUCUACCACGGGCACGGGAGACCCACCCGACACCGCUCGCAAGUUCGUCAAGAAAAUCCAGGACAAGGCACUGCCAGUGGAUUUCUUUGCUCACCUGCGGUAUGGAUUACUGGGGCUGGGCGAUUCAGAAUACACAUACUUCUGUAAUGGCGGGAAAAUCAUCGAUAAGCGACUUCAGGAACUCGGUGCCCAGCAUUUCUACGCCACUGGACACGCAGAUGACUGCGUGGGUUUAGAACUUGUGGUUGAGCCCUGGAUUGACGGACUCUGGGCUGCCCUCACGAAGCAUUUUACGUCCACUAGAGGAAAAGAGGAGAUAAAUGGAGCUCUCCAGAUAGCAUCGACUGCCUCCCAGAGGAUGGAUCCUGUGAAACCAGAAUUACUGCACAUUGAAUCACGAGUUGAACUUCUGAGAUUAGCCGACUCAGGCAGAAGGGAUUCUGAGAUUCAGGAACAGAAUGCAGUGAACAGAGAUCAGUCGAGUGCUCUGAUAGCAGAGUCUGAGCCCUCACUCACCCACUCGGUUCCCCCACUGUCACAGGCCUCUCUGAACAUCCCUGCCCUUCCACCAGAAUAUUUGCAGGUGCAUCUGCACGAGUUUCUCGGCCAGGAGGAAAGCCGAGCAUCUGUGACUCCCGUGGAUCCAGUUUUUCAAGCUCCAAUUUCAAAGGCAGUUCAGCUGACUACGAACGAUGCCAUCAAAACCACUCUCCUGGUGGAAUUGGACAUUUCAAAAACAGAUUUUUCCUAUCAGCCUGGAGACGCCUUCAACGUGAUCUGUCCCAACAGUGAUUCUGAGGUUCAACACCUACUCCAAAGACUGCAGCUCACAGACAGAAGAGAGCACUGUGUCGUCUUGAAAAUUAAGGGUGACACAAAGAAGAAAGGAGCAGCCUUACCCCAGCACAUCCCCGAGGGACACUCUCUCCAGUUCAUUCUCACCUGGUGCCUUGAAAUAAGAGCAGUUCCUAAGAAGGCGAUGCUGAGAGCCCUGGCGGAACACGCGGCCGGCCCAGACAGGCGCAGGCUUCACGAGCUGUGCAGCAGGCAGGGCGCCGCCGACUACGGCCGCUUCGUGCGGGACGCCCACACCGGGCUGCUGGACCUCCUGCUGGCUUUCCCAUCCUGCCAGCCUCCGCUGGCGCUCCUGCUCGAGCAUCUUCCUAAGCUCCAGCCCAGACCAUAUUCGUGUGCAAGCUCAAAUCUGUCUCACCCGGGGAAGCUUCAUUUCGUUUUCAACGUCGUGGAGUUUUUGUCUCCCACCACGAUGGAGGUCCUGCGGAGGGGCGUGUGCACAGGCUGGCUGGCCACAGUGGUCGCGUCCAUCCUUUGUCCAGACACGCAGGUGUCCCCUGCAGAAGGCGGGCCAGCCCCUGCUCCUGAGGUACCGGGAGUGUGCAGUAUCUCCAUCUCUCCUCGAACGACCGGUUUUUUCCACUUACCGAGUGACCCUGCCGCCCCCGUCAUAAUGGUGGGUCCGGGAACUGGCAUAGCACCCUUCAUUGGUUUCCUGCAACACAGAGAGAAACUCCAAGAACAACAUCCAGAGGGACACUUUGGAGCAAUGUGGUUGUUUUUUGGCUGCCGACAUAAGGAAAGGGAUUAUUUAUUCAGAGAAGAGCUCCGACACUUCUAUAAGCGUGGGAUCCUAACGCACUUGAAGGUUUCCUUCUCGAGAGAUGCUCCUGUCGGGGAGGAGGAAGCCCCAGUGAAGUAUGUGCAAGACAACAUGUGGCUUCACAGCAAGCAGGUGGCCAGGGUCCUUCUUCAGGAGAGCGGCUACAUUUACGUGUGUGGAGAUGCAAAGAAUAUGGCCAAAGAUGUCAAUGAUACCCUUGUGGAGAUAAUAAGCAAAGAGACUGGAGUUGAGAAACUAGAGGCAAUGAAAACAUUGGCUACUUUAAAAGAAGAAAAACGUUACCUUCAGGAUAUUUGGUCAUAAAAUCAAAAGAAAAGAAAAGAGUGGUGCUUUUUUGGCUGAAAGCGCUAAAAGACAAUUUCACUGAAACUGAGACUUUGAAUUUUUAAAACUAAAUUAAAAAAGGUUUCUUGGAGGAGGUAGGGCAGGAGCGGAUCACUUCCCAUUACAGCAGACUUCCGGUUUGGUUUUCCGUAAAUGCCCCUGCUGCUCAGCACACCGCGCUUCAGCCCCUACACUGGCGCCUCCCGGGCCGGCCACUGCGUCCUGGGGAACGUCACACGUCCCUCCGUCCGUUCACAGGGCGUCUGUCUGUACGCGACGAGGCUUCCCAGGACAGGGCGUGGGCCCUAGAGCCGAGCGCGCGAUAGUUAAAGCUCGUGAACUUAAUGUGGCAGUUUUUAUAAACAAGGUGAAAAUAAUUUAUUCUUACGUGAACUCUACCGUAAAGAAUAUUCAUGUAUUAAAAUGAA